AUGGGGGAUCGUGUUGAAAACUCGCAGAUCAAAAUGAAAGAGCAAUCUAACAACCAUGAUCCAGAAGCAUUCGACUGGCGCUACGAACUGAGUGACGGUCGAGAGGUGCGCCAGAACGCAUACUGGAACGAACUUCCGGACGGCACCCGGUUCUUGCAGGUCAACGGCUUCUACAGCUACCGCGGUCCCGAUGGUGUGAAGUACUCUGUUAGUUAUUACGUGGAUGAAAAUGGAUACCAUCCGACUGUAAUUGUUGGAUAUGAAGAUUUGACACCAAAACCUCCACAGCACAUCGACACGAAGGUAUUGGCAUCCUUGCUGGGAUAA